AUGUCAAGUUCAUCCAACCGUCCCAUCGUCAUCUCCGGGCCCUCUGGCUCUGGAAAGUCCACUCACUUGAAUCGUCUGCUCAAAGAGUACCCCGAUCGCUUCGGCUUCUCAAUCUCUCACACGACUCGCCAACCUAGAGGCCAAGAGCAGAACGGUGUCGAGUACCACUUUGUCACCAAGGACGACUUCCUCGAGCUGGUCGACCAGAACGGCUUCAUCGAGCACGCUCAGUUCGGCAGCAACUACUACGGCACCAGCGUCCAGGCUGUCAAGGAUGUCGCUCAGAAGAACCGCACCUGCAUCCUGGACAUUGAGAUGGAGGGUGUCAAGCAAGUAAAGAAGAAGGACCUCAACGCACGCUACCUUUCCCUCCAACCACCAUCGCUCGAAAUCCUCGAGUCACGCCUACGCGGCCGCGCUACCGAUUCCGAAGAUGCCAUCACCCAGCGCCUUGCUCAGGCCAAGAACGAGCUCGAAUUCGCAAAGAUCCCCGGUGUCUUCGACAAGGUCAUAAUCAACGACGACCUCGAGAAGGCCUGGACAGAAUUCAAGGCCUUCUGUGUCUCUGAAGAGUAG